UUCCAAUGGUCAAUAGAUUGGCUUUAAAUAGAAGACCUAUAUCAAGAUAUGGAGUUGAAAAUUGCAUUAGGUGCUAUGAUUUGGCUUAAGGAUAUGUACUUCCACUUGGGAAGUGUUACACUGUAUGGAAUGCUGGUUGUAUGGAAUAUGUCCCAGAUGACUGUAGCUCAACUCCGACCUUCUUCUAUUUAUCAGACAAGGUCCAGCUUGGAUUGGCCACCGGUACAGAACGAAGAUAAUUUCUUUAUACCAAUUUCCGAACGCUUCACCUCCGUUAAACACGCUCAAGAUAGUGGAUUAUUACAAAGUUUAAAGAGGGUCCGAGAAAGAAUGAUAGCCGAAAAGAGUGAAAUACUUCCUUGGUCAUGUAACUGUAAAUAUGGUUGGAGAGAUUUAGGGAGCGGGUACAAUCCGAGGUUUGUUAGAGAAGGUUCAUGUCGAAGUAAAACGUGUUGGUUUGGUCAUUUUGCUUGUAGAACAAUAUAA